CCCUAGUUCGGGCUUCCAAUUUGAGUUAGGGGCUCAUCGACAUUUCUGGCAGCAGCUAGUAGGACCUAGAUGCGGAGUCCCUCCGAGGCCCCUUUGCGGGUCCCACCCCUAGGGUUAGCAGUGAAGCCCUCGCGGUCUGGCCUUCCCGGGGCUAUAGCUGGGGUCGGUGGCUGCGAGUCCGACGACAGCCUUACAGAUCACCCUGUAACAAGACGCGGGUUCGUUCACGCCUCCCCUCUCGUGAAAGGCCUGGUACUUUCCUUCUAAAGCUCUCGUUUCCUUGGGGGAACAUAACCGUCAGGCGCAGUAGGUGCGCUGUCUUUAGCCUUCCCCGUUCCCACCCAGGGCUGAGAAGGGUUAAAUCUUGGCGCCAGCAUCCUGGGAGAAGAAGUUAUAAUUAUUCAGCAUGUUUCCCCUGACGGAGGAAAACAAGCCUGUGGCGCGGUUGUUGUUCAGUUCUGGUACCUGCCCAAGAUGUAUCUUCAGAUUCUGCGCUGUGGAUCUUCAUGCACCUUACAAACGUCCAUCCCAGGAGUUGUCCAUUGAUCUACGAAAAUUUCUAGAACUUGAAAAAGAUGAGUUAAUUUUGGAAGUUCCAAACCCACCAUACAAGAAAAUCCGUCUCCAAGAAGAUGGGCUUGAUGAAUUGAGUGAAAACAGCAAGGAGGGAGUCUCUGUGUCCGAAGACGAAAACCUUGUCUCGGAGCCCUCCAACCUGAGCGUGUGCAACAUUUGCCUAGGAGUUCUGCAGGGAUUCUGUGAAAAAGAGUUUGUUACAAAGGUAUGCCAGAAGGUUGCGGCCUCAGCGUUUGAGUUCAGCAGCGCGGUUUUAUCCGUCUCCUUCCCACCGCAGCUCUCUGUCCGAGAGCAUGCUGCAUGGUUGCUGGUAAAGCAAGAAAUGGGGAAGCAGAGCCUGUCUCUAGGAAGAAGUGAUGUCAUCCAGCUGAAAGAAGCCUACAAGUGGAUAACUCAGCCCCUAUUUUCAGAGGAACUGGGAGUUCCCACUGAUGGAAAGAGCUUGUUUGAAGUGAGUGUGGUUUUUGCCCACCCGGAAACAGUUGAGGACUGCCACUUCCUAGGUGAAGUUUGCCCAGAUUGUUUCAAACCUGCCAAAAACAAACAGUCAGUUUUCACCAGAAUGGCAGUUUUGAAAGCUUUGAAUAAAAUAAAAGAAGAAGAUUUCCUUACGCUAUUUCCUUGUCCUCCAAACUCACCGAAGACUGUGUGCACUGUCUCUGAAAUCGAAUGUACUCAUGGUGCUGUUUUCGUCGCUGGCAGAUACAAUAAGUACUCCAGAAACCUCCCCCAAACUCCUUGGAUAAUUGAUGGAGAGAGGAAGAUGGACUCUUCAGUGGAGGAGUUGAUUUCGGAUCAUCUGUUAGCAGGAUUCCAAGCAGAGAGUUUUAAUUUCUCAUCCUCUGGAAGAGAAGAUGUCGAUGUGAGAACAUUAGGGAAUGGAAGGCCCUUUGCGGUGGAGCUGCUGAAUCCUCACAGAGUGCGGUUCACUCCGCAAGAAAUCAAGGAGCUCCAGCAGAAAAUUAAUAAAUCGUCGGACAAAAUCCAAGUACGGGACUUACAGCUUGUUACCAGAGAGGCAAUAGGGCACAUGAAGGAAGGCGAAGAAGAAAAGACCAAGACCUACAGUGCCUUGAUAUGGACCAAUAAAGCCAUACAGAAGGAAGACAUUGGCUUCCUCAACGACCUGAAGGACCUAAAGAUUGACCAGAAAACCCCUCUCCGGGUGCUUCACCGGCGGCCGUUGGCGGUGAGGACUCGCGCCAUUCACUGCAUGGAGACGCGCUAUCUGGAUGAGCAUCACUUUCGUCUGCAUUUGAAGACCCAGGCAGGAACCUACAUUAAAGAAUUUGUACACGGAGACUUUGGGAGAACCAAGCCGAACAUUGGCUCUCUGAUGAAUGUGACGGCAGACAUUCUUGAGCUAGAUGUGGAGUCUGUGGAUGUUGACUGGCCACCCGCUUUGGAGGACUAGCUGUCACAUCUGAACAGAGGCUUUUCCUGGCAUGAUGUGGACACACAGGCGGCUUAUCCUGGCAAACGGCUGUUUACACCACAGCGGCGUCUUCAGAGCCACUUGGAUCAUGUGAUCUGCUCCUGAAGUUCACUGUGACAUCUCAGGGUCUACAUGUAUAUGUGCUUUGUGUUCUGUUGUUCUGAGAACAUCCUGUGUUUUCUCCUUCCCUGUCUCAUGACCACAAAACCAAAGUAGGAAGACUCAAACCCUUUUCCUUAUAAAUUCUGUUCCUCAGAGAGGUGUGCAGUUUGAGGCACUGUCUAUCUGGGGAGCUGUAACUUCUUCCAGCGCUGUCUCCUAUAGGAGACGAUACCUUUAAAGUCAGGCGC